AUGGGUCCAGCCGCAGCUGGUUGGUACAGCGAGUACAUGGGGUACCCGGAGUCUAACAAGAAAGCACGUGACUGGGUUGCGGAGGAGAACUUCGCCAAGGCCUGGCGGCCAUCUCACUCUAGCGGCAGCGCCGUUCUCUCCAAAGCAGAUGCGAGGCUCCGGAGCGAAGACAAACCUGCUCUUCCUCCUCGGGAAAAACGGCCACGAGACUGUCAGCCAACAUGUUCCGCGAUCCACACACCACCCGCCAAGCGCGCAGCACGUGAGGGAGAAGGCCGCCCGAAGGGAAGCUUCGGCCGGAAGAGAUUGCGUGCACUCUUGCAUCAGUACAAGGUGCAAGUCGAGCAAGGCCAGCUGACCUUUGCACGCUUGCAACUACGGGACCUCGGCAGCGCGAUGUUGGCUGCGUCGCAGGAAGCGGACAAACCCGAGAAGUACAUACUGGCAGCCGGCCUUCCUCAAGGGCCAGAGCAACACGGGUGUGGGCAGGAAAGAGGCUCUGCGCAAGCUCGCAAAGCAUAG